GGCAUUGGAAUUUCAGUACAUGGUGCAUAUAGAGUAUGCACUGAAAGAACCGUGUGUGCUAUGCCAGAAGCAGCUAUUGGCUUUUUUCCUGACGUGGGUGGUAGUUACUUCCUUCCAAGACUUCCUGGAAAAAUGGGUAUCUUUCUUGCUCUCACUGGAUAUCGCUUACAAGGUCGUGAUGUUUUUAAAGCUGGAAUUGCCACUCAUUUUGUUGAUACAACUAACCUGAAAAAUUUAGAGCUUGAUUUAAUGAGAUUAGAGAACCCAUCUCUGGCUGACAUUGAUAGAAUAUUAUCGAAAUUUCAGGAGCAAUGUGAGAUAGAUUACAAGAAAGAAUUUGCUUUAAAACCUGUCAUGGGGAAAAUGAAUACUGUAUUUGAAGCUGACAGUGUUGAAACUAUUAUGAAUGCUCUUCAGAAAGAAGGUUCCGAAUGGUCUCGGAAACAGCACGAAGUUCUAAGCAAAUUGUCUCCAACUUCGUUGAAAGUUGCAUUCCAACAAAUAAAACGUGGUGCCAAUAUGACGCUUCAAGAUUGCUUGAAAAUGGAAUAUAGAAUGAGCCAAAAGUUUAUGCAAGCGUCGGAUUUUCAUGAAGGUGUUCGAGCUGUUCUCAUUGAUAAAGAUAAUAAACCUACUUGGAAACCAGCUUCAUUAACCGAAGUCACAGAAGAUAUUGUGAAUUCCUAUUUUCAGCAGUUGCCAGCUGACAAAGAAUUAAAACUUUGAUUUGUGUUUUAACAACUGAUGUUACAAAUGUGAAAGUGCCGGAAACCUGGCAGUUCAUGAUUUAUAAAAUUUGUUAUUGUUUGUUAAAAAUUUGGCUUUAAAAAAAUUAAGAUUUUUUAAAUUAGUCCUAAGAAAUACACUUGUUAAAAAAAAUUGUUAAAGAGACCAAUGAUGAUAUUCAGAACAGUAUGUUCUAAUUCCUUCAUUGGGAAAUGAUUUGGUCUUUGAAAAUGAUAUUAAUGCUUUUGUUCUAUCACUGAUUCAAUGACAACGUAAACAAACAUCCAGUUUCUACAAAGACAUAAAAGUUACGUGCUGUUGAAAUGAAAGCUUCUGCUUCACAAUUUUGAUGAUAUUCUAAGUUAAAUGCUUAUGUUAGAAUAACUUCAAAACAAUUAAUUCUUGUUCCAGUCAUUUUGUUGUUCUUAGAAGUUAUCUGCUUAAAAUUACAAUGUGUAAAAUUUAGAAGCAUAUUGUUAAAUUUAAUGGGCUAAGAACAUUCUUUCCUUGUAAAGGUCAGAGUUAUUUUCAUUUACCUUCACUUGCAAAAUGUGGUCAACCUUGAUAGACAAAGUGAUCGGAACUGGACCUCCCUUGAUAAAUGAAAAAUUCAGGACAAAAGAGAGACCUUAAAGAUGACUGCCAGUUUAAAGUUCUGAAUUAUUGUUCUUUGUUUGAAUAAGGAAAUUAACUGAAAACUUCAUAAACUUACUAUGUACUGUCUGACCACCGAUUAUAUGGAAAGGCUAAUAUCCGGUUUAAAGGCGGAAAUGAAUGUGUUAAUUACCUUUCAGGGAUAGUAGUUUUUCUAAGACAGAUGUGCACCUCUUAAUUGCUUCGACUCAGUUUUUUAAAAGGGAUAAUUUAUUCAUUGCAAUAAUUUUUUUUAAACUCAAAACUAUAUUUGAUCUAUCAUUUCACUCAAAAAUUAAUUGAUUUAUUUUGUUUGCAACGUAAUUUUGACCUAACAAUUUUGUUUUUAAAUUUCCCAAUGCAGUGAAAACAUUUUAUUUUAUGUUUAUUGUUUCCAUAGCAGCUCAUUUUGUUUCCACUCAUUUUCGCCUCAAUGAAGACAAUAAAUAAGAUCAAAAUCCCAUCGCUAUUUUUGAUACAAGCGAUUAUAAUUGAUUUAUUUUGUUUACAACAUAAUUUUGACCUAACGAUUUUGCUUUUAAAUUUCCCAAUGCAGUGAAAACAUUUUAUUUUAUGUUUAUUGUUUCCAUAGCAACUCAUUUUGUUUCCACUCAUUUUCGCCUCAAUGAAGACGAUAAAUAUUUCUCCUUCUCCCCUGCUAGAUUCAUUCAUAUGAAAUUGUCUUAACUUGGCCGAUUGCAAAUUACAAACAAUCCGUGGUCAAACAGUAGUAUCAAGAGAUGUCAAAUCAGUAACAAUUUUUCUUGCAUUAAUCUGUUUUGGAGUUUUUAAUGAAAAAUUAAUGAAUUACCGUGGUAUAUUAUCUAGUUUAAAAAAACAACAGAACUGCUGGGUUUCUUUCCACUUCUUUUUAUAGACAGUCUUAAACACACAAAGUUUUAUAAUGCCACAAAACUUUGUUUUUUAUGUGCUAAAAAAAUAAUCUACUUUGUUAUAUUUCACUGUGUAUAUGUUAGUCUUUGUGGAAAUGUAUAAAAAGUUUAUAUAUGCAUAUGAAAAAUAGCUGUUUUUGAGUGAAUGAAUUGAUUGCAGACUUAGUUGCUGUUUUGAC